AUGAGGAAUAAAGAAGUGUUGGUCGCAGUAAAUAGGAAUCAUGGUUGGCACUUUGGUUUCCAAAUCAAGAUGACCUUUCUUCUUCAGACUAUGAUGACAAAUCCACCAGUGAUUCAUUUCCUGGGUUAUCUGAUCAUUGAUAGACAUCUGUUUGUCAAGUUCAUAUCAGACACGGUCACUUAUUUAGUGGUUCUCAUUCAGUUCAAGACAUCAUCAUAUUCAAGAACUCCAGUGAAUGCUACAAAUGAAGUAUUUGAUUAA